AUGACAACCAGGUACACGAACGACGAAUGGGACAGCAUCAUCCUCGAAACCGAGGGCGAAGUGCUGUACCGCGUGGCCUCGAAGCAGCACGCAUCCGCGGCCCAAUGUCCCCCAAUUGGCAGCGAGGCGUUUACCAAGACAAUCGAUCAUACGCUUUUGAAACUUGAGGCGAAGCAGAGUCAGUUUGAUGAUCUUUGUGCUGAGGCGAGGGUGGAUCGGUUUGCGACGGUGUGCGUACGCGCGCAAUACGUGCAGCAAUGUGUGGCCGAUUUGAAAGGGUCGGGUGUCAGGGUAGCGUGCGUGAUUGGGUUCCAUGAGGGAACGUAUGAUUUAUAUCACAAGUCGCAAGAAACCAAGCAAGCCCUCGCAGCCGGCGCCGCCGAACUCGACAUCGUAAUCAACUACCCACAACUCCAAAAGAAGUCCUACGCCUCCAUCUACACCGAGCUCGCCGCCCUGCGCUCCCAAGCCCCGCACCCCACCACCCUCAAACUCAUCCUGGAAACGUCGCAGCUCGACGCCUCGCAGAUUAUCGCGGGAUGUGCGCUCGCCGCAGCCGCGAAUUUCGACUUCGUCAAGACGUCUACGGGCUUCAAUGGGGCGGGCGCGACGGAGGAGAAUGUGCGGCUCAUGGCGACGUGUUGUGAUGUCCUGGCUGCGGGCGGGAGGGCGCGGAUGCAGGUCAAGGCUUCGGGGGGGAUUCGGACUUUGGGGGAUGCGGUGCGGAUGUUGGAGGCGGGGGCGAGUCGGUUGGGGACGAGUGCGGGGGUGUGGAUUGCGAAGGAGGCGAAGGAGAGGGUUGCGGAGGGGAAUGGGCGGGUGGUGGAGGCGGGGGAGGUGAGGGAGGAGAGGCCGGGGUUGUCGACGAGGCUGUUCACGGAUUAUUGA